ACGGUUUUGAAAGUAUCGCUACUACAAUGUCGCAGCUUAUUUCUCCCUUAACUGCAGUUUUACUGGCCACUGCCUACUUCCUUAUUGCCGACGCAUGCGUUUGUUAUGUCGGUGAUGAAGCAAACUCUAUCAAGGGUGAACCACCUCUGAAGUUACUGCCUGAUCAAAACCCGUGUGAAUGUACGGAGUUUCGUCCCGGUGGGGUUAACACAAAGCGACAGGCAAAGCCUCGUGAAGUAACGUUUGGUAAUGACGGUCAUCCAGAAGGCUGGACCGAGAAGGACUGCAUCAAAGAGACAACACCAAGUCACACCACGUCACCUUGCGGCCCCUGGUCUUUCACAACGAACGAAGAGCUGAACAUUCCUAUAUAUAGAGAAUCAUUUCAGUUGAUCCCUGUUACACUUGAGUUCACACUGCAUAGCUCAACUGAUGAUCUGGUUCGGAUAAUUCCUUACAGCAAUUCCAUCCGUAUUUGUACUGUUGAUCUGGACGCCGGAUCUCACCAAAUGGGCAUAAGGGGAAGCAACGCUACCAUACAGAACUUUCAAGAUACCUUUGAUGGCUCCACACACUACUUAGUUACAAUCAAUCAAGACAAAAUGGAAUUCGGUAGACUGGGAGAAACCAAGUCCCUUGAGUGUCAAACAAAUAAGACCAUUGACGAAAUUACCAUUAGGUCCGAAUCGGAUAUUAUGACUGUAGCUUUCUAUGGGACCUGCCCUGACACUGGGUUUUAGAACUUAUAGUGCCCCAGCAUUCUAGUUGAUCACAUUUUUUUGGGCAUCCCAGUUUACUUUGGAUUUUGCAAAUGUUUUGCGGAAAUUUAAUAAUUUGGAUGCUAUCGAUUGCAUUACAAUCUGAUUUAAAAAUAAUACCUUGUCAACAAACACCGUUGCAAUGUGACGUCAUCACGUACCGGUUCACUGCAAAAACUCCAGUGUUAAAUUGAUUCCUUUCGUAGCUGGAAAUACGCCAACAAAGUUUACCAAAUACUUGGGAUAACUGAUACCGUGUGGAUAUGGUCACAUGAUGAUACCAAUAAAAUCAAUUUAACCCAAUAAUUUGUGCAGUGUUUUAUUUAAUUAAAUUUAUUUAUUUACUGAAUUAAAAAAGUAGUUUUUAAUUAUAAUUAUUUUUACGAUAGUUCUUACAAUUAUUACGAAUUUAAGCUUGGCAUUCCCAAGAUGGACUUUGCAGUCUUUUCACAGCAAUUGAAGAUGAGUGUGUCUCGUCCUGCCAAGGUCAGGUACAAUCCUUCAAGUAGUUUCAUUUCCCGUAGCUAUCGAUCGGCAACUAGUUUUAUUUGGCAAUCAGCACAAAUGUUACACAACUCCACAGUUUUGCCUGUUUCUCCAUAUAUUUUUUUUACUACUUUGCCUUCAUAAUUGCAGCUAUAAAAAAGCUUAAUAAGAAUAGCUAAGCUUUCUUAAAAUGGACUUCAAACAGUUAAAUGUAGGCCUACAGCAUCAUUUUGCGAAGGAAGUUUUUAUUAAUCUCGGAGGAUUCCUCGAACCUCAUC